AGGAUAUACUGAGCAAUGAAAUUGCUGGUAGCCUAUGAGGAUGACAUGGAGAAGAACAUGGAGAAGAAACUCCAGAAUGGCAGAAAAGGCCCUGCCCAAAGGGAAGUACCCCACAUUGUGGGGCUGCUGCUUGCUAUGGCCCUCAUGAACAUGCUUCUCUAUCUCUUCCUGGACUGGUUCUUCAUUUCCCCGCAACACUCUGUGGUCUACUCCAGCCACUGCCCCCCUGGUUACUUCAGAAUAGGACAGAUGAGAAACUGUUCAGCUUGGCUGUCCUGUGAAGAGCUAAAAGCAGAAGUGCGGCAGCUGGCACGUGUAGGGGAAGGAGCUGUGAAGAGGGUCUUUUUGUCUGAGUGGAAGGAAAAUAAAGUUGCUGUCUCGAGACUCACUAGUUGGGAGGUACAAGAAGAUUUCCGGCAUGGACUACAGAUGCUGAAAUCACUACAAAGCAAAUAUGUUGUCACACUGCUUGGCUAUUGUGAGAAAGACAACAUUAUCCUUACUGAGUAUCACCCAUUGGGCUCCUUGAGCAACUUGGAAGCAACUCUGAACCUUUCCAAGUACCAGAAUGUGAACACGUGGCAGCAUCGACUACAGCUGGCCAUAGAUUAUGUGGGCAUCCUUGACUACCUGCACCACAGCCCUGUGGGCACUCGGGUCAUGUGUGACUCCAGUGACCUGCCCAAGACGCUGUCCCAGUAUUUAUUGACCAGUAACUUCAGCAUUGUGGCCAAUGAUCUGGAUGCCCUGCCCCUGGUGAACCAUAGCUCUGGGACUCUGGUGAAGUGCGGCCACAGGCAGCUUCAUGGGGACUUUGUGGCUCCGGAGCAGCUGUGGCCCCAUGGAGAGGAUAUGCCUUUUCAGGAUGAUCUCAUGCCUCCAUAUGAUGAGAAGGUUGACAUUUGGAAGAUUCCAGAUGUCUCAAGUUUCCUUUUAGGACAUGUGGAAGGGAGUGAUAUGGUCCGCUUCCAUUUGUUUGACAUUCAUAAGGCAUGUAAGAGCCAAACUCCCUCAGAAAGGCCCACUGCCCGAGCUGUUCUGGACACUUAUCACGAAGUUUUGAGUACACUGAGAGACACUUUAAUGCCUCAGACAAGAGAAAUGCUCUAAAAUCCAGUCCUGUAAGCUACCAACAAGGGUGAGGUUUAAGGAACAGAUUGAAUCAUUGCAGGACUUUUUCUCCUGUGAUAUUUUUGCUGCUUAGUCAUUACAUCCCAUUCACGGUGCACGUCAGAGUACAUACUGUCUCUCCCGGUGAUCCAAACAGACAGAAGGUGCUAAGCGAGAGCAAGCCAGACUUAACUGAAGCUGGCUUCACUCCCCUACCAAUCACUUCCUGGGGAAGAUGUGGAGAAGCAGUGAAUCCAACCAGUUCUGCAAUCAACUACAAAGAGACUUUACCUAUCUAAAUAACUGAUCUUAAAAACUGAUGAGAUAUGUGCAUAGAAGAGCUCUUUAAAUGGCCACAUAAGGAGUAACUGAUUUUCCUUUGUACAUUUUUCCCUUUUUAUUCCCACAUGGUCAUCACUAUAUGGGAGGUCUGAAGAGUAC